GUAGAUCCCAACUUGCCUUGCGCGGUUCGUUCGAGACCUGUUUUACGCUCUGCCAACGCGCACCUCUUCGCAAUCGUGCCCGCGUCUUUCCGCACAUCCUACUGGUGCACGCGAAAAUGGACGCGUCUAUUGAGGGAGGCGAACCGCCUUCUCAAAUGAUCAGCAGCCGUGACCUCCGUUUAACCCCUGGGAGGACAUUCUGGGUUGAAAUCCCGUACACAAAUAUCGAUGACGGCUCGGAAGUGAUUGACUUGACCGGAAUUAGUCCAGCACCUUCCCAAGCACCAUCGGAUGUCGGGGCGGGAAGAAUGGAAAACAAUCCAUCCGAAUCGUCUUUUGGUGACAAGAUCGACCUCGAACUGCAGGAAGUGGUAGGCGAGUAUAAAUUUGGCGGUGUUACAUGGUACUAUGCUCGUUUAAGAAGUGAAGUCAUUCAGAAGUUUACCCGUGAACAGUUAGAAGAAUACCCUGGUCUCUUGGAAGAGUACUUCGAGCUUAAGUCCGAAAAUCGUUUGGAACCCUUUGAUCCUUGGGAUAGCUUCGUCCGACCAAGAGAUCGCCCAUCAUCACAAGCUCCCUCCGCGAGCAGGGUUCAACCGAGGCGACGAGCGCGGAAGGACCCAGAAACGUUUCAGUCCGAGACGUUUACCCAACCUAGUGACAGUGACAGCUUGUUAUCUUACGAGGGAAGCACUUCAGAAGAUGGCAAACCUCAGCGACGCUCAACUCGAACCAAUGCCCAGAAGCUCAACUUCAGCCCAAGAAAGCUUCGUGGCUCCACCACAAACUAUUCCGCUACAUCACCUUCCAUUUCUGUCAUUCCCAGCGAUCCAAAGGAGGAAAUUGGUGGGAAAAUUCCUCCGUUGGUUAUCCGUAUUCCUGGGGCACCUAAAUUCGAAACGAUCAAUCCUGAGGUUGGGGUGGUUAGAGAUACCCCAUCCGUGAUGAUGAGCAUGGGAUUUGCACCUCUUUGUCAACAUAGGAAUGUCUGUCUUAAGUGCUUAGGUGAACCGACCCACAUCGAACGCAGGCGUCUCGAAAAGAGGAGGGGAAGGAAAAGGGAAGACGUGCUAGAUGAAGAACAACUACUUGAGAAACAGGCCGGAUGGGUUGCCUGCACAUCCUGCACCAUGACAUAUCAUUUCGGAUGCCUUCCCGACGUCCAGCGGGCCGAAAUAGUUCACGGGGUGCGUAAUCGUGAAGCAAAAAACUACACAGCGGCAAUCGAGGCCAUGAGUGACGAUGAAGAGCUGCCCCUUUCCCCGCCGAAGCGCCAUCGGAUUGGGGAGAGGGAGAUGACAUACUUCGUCUGUGCGGAUUGUAACAUCUCGAAGCUAUGUUUUGUUUGUUGCAAGGAUGAUCUACCGACAGCCGCACCAGCCAAGCCUGAACCCGAUCAUCUCACAACGCUUCGAUCGUCUUCCCCUGCCCCAGCCUCUGAAGGUACAUUGGAACAUGCUACUAGUCCACCGGCCAGUCUUACGUCUGACUCGCCACAACGUUCCAACGCUAAGAUUCCAAUCCGCUCAUUAUUGUUCCGUUGCGCCUCGUGUCGUCGUGCAGCACAUUAUCAACAUCUCCCCCCUUUACAAGCCGAUGAAAGCGUAAUGUUAUCUGCUAGGGAUAUCGCGCGAGAGUAUCACAAAUUUGGAUGGAAAUGCAAGGAUUGCCACUCUUGGGGAGUUGUUGAUAAGAUAUUGGCUUGGAGGCCUUAUCCACCAAACGUGGUUGCGCCAAAUCUCGCCAAAGGCCAAGUGCCUCCAAUUAAGAGUGCCUUACCGCGAGAAUACCUGGUCAAGUGGGUAGGUAAAAGUUACAGGCAUGUGGAAUGGGUGCCUCACCUCUUCCUGCUUUCCCGUGCACAUCACAAACUGUCGGGUUUCCUCAGGAAAGGUGCCAGGAUCAAACUGCUAGAUGAUAACCGUGACCAUACCAAAGUCGCUCUGGAGAUCCAUACCAAGCCUGACGACCUUUCAUCACCGCAACGUGCCCGAAAUCGCCAAGUGAUUGAGCCUGAGGGUGAAAGUGAUGAGGAGCGCAUUGUGGAUGGUCCACCAGGACCGGUACCUAAUGCCGUUGCUCUCAUUCCUCCUGCGUGGCUCUUGGUGGAUCGAAUUCUGGAUGUGAGAUUCUGGAAACCACCCCAGCCAAGUAAAGCGAAGAGACGACCCGCUCGUUCCAUCGUCACCUCAGAUAGUGAGGUAUACGACGACGGGACAAUGCUUGAUGCGAAUAUUAUCGCUCGAAAUACAUUAGUCGAUGGCGAAGAGCCCAAUCUUUCGUUGACAGAGACUUAUACACAGAGGAAACGCCGUACGGGGAAGAUUGCCCAAGACGACUCCAAGGAUGUUGUCUGGGCGUACAUCAAAUGGCAAGAUUUGGCGUACUCUGAUGCCACCUGGGAUUCGCCACCAAGAGAGGCAGAUGGUUGUGGGCUUUUCGAGAAGGCUUUCGCGAGAUAUAUUACUGCCAAAGAAACUGUCGUUCCAAUCCUGACACCGGCAGAGGCGGAGAAAAGAGACGCAAGAGCUCCCAAGCAAUUCAAAAUCCUCUCGCAACCCGACUGGGUUGAAGUCCCUCACCUCAAACUCAAGCCAUUUCAGCUUGAAGGCUUUACUUGGUUAUGGCAAAACUGGUGGAACAAACAGCCUUGCAUUCUUGCGGAUGAAAUGGGGUUGGGGAAAACGAUACAAAUUAUAUCUUUGAUCGGAAAAUUAGUCAAGGAUCGACAGAUAUUUCCGAAUCUUAUUGUUGUCCCCAACUCGACUAUUGCCAACUGGGUUCGCGAGUUUGAAACAUGGGCACCUCAUGUGAGGGUCGUCAUGUUUUCGGGCUCCGCAGAGUCACGCGAUAUCAUCCAAAACUACGAGCUCUAUCAUGAAAAUGGAAGUCUUGCGUAUCACGUCCUCAUCGGCACCUACGAAGCCAUCACGAAUCCUCGUGACUUCAAUUCGGUUUUCAAAUCUGUUCCGCGUUGGGAGGUUGUGGUAAUCGACGAAGGACAACGUGUCAAGUCGGAUUCAAGUUUGCUUUUCAGGCGGCUGAAGGAACUUAACUCAAUCCAGCGCAUACUUAUGACUGGGACUCCCAUCAAUAACAACGUCCGAGAGGUUUUCAACCUUAUGAAUCUCCUGGACCCUUCCAAGUGGAAUAACUUGAACGCUCUCGAGAGAAGAUUUGAGGUUCUAACUGAACAACUCGUUAGCGAGCUGCACGAAUUACUUCGCCCUUACUUCCUUCGACGAAUCAAGGCUGAAGUCAUGAAGGAUUUGCCGCGGAAGCAUGAAGUCAUUGUGCCAAUUACCAUGACAAAACUACAAAAAGAAGUGUACAAAUCUAUAAUGUCACAGAACCCCCAGGUUCUUGCCAUCCUGGCACAAUCAGUCUCUAAAGCUAAUUCUACAGUCAAGACUAACACGAACAUGAACAACGCAUUGAUGAACAUUAGAAAAUGCAUGCAACAUCCUUACUUGGUUAAUAGCGAUAUUGAACCUCCUAAUCUAUCAAACAAGGAAGCCCAUCGUCAGCUAGUAGAAGCCAGCGCAAAACUACGGUUUCUGCAAAUGAUGUUACCCAAACUCAAAGCAAAGGGCCAUCGAGUCCUUCUCUUUAGCCAGUUUGUAAUCCACCUCAACAUCGUAGAGGAUUUUCUCGGUGGGGAAGGAAUCAAGUACCUUAGACUAGAUGGGAACACACCACAGGCGCAGAGGCAGAAAGACAUGGACGCCUUCAAUGCACCUGAUUCCGACUACUUUAUUUAUCUACUGACGACACGAGCAGGAGGUGCGUUUCGUGAUUUCCUCGGGUUCUUAUCUCUUAGCGUGUCCAUCGCAGGAGUGGGCAUCAACUUAUGGUCAGCUGAUGUUGUCAUCAUUAAUGAUGUCGAUUUCAACCCUCAGCAAGAUUUGCAAGCUAUCGCUCGAGCGCAUCGGAUGGGCCAGAAGAAGCCAGUUCUUGUCUUUACUUUAGUGAUCCAGAACUCCGCGGAGGAAAAGAUCAUCAAUAACGGAAAGAAAAAAUUAGUGCUCGAUCACGUCAUUGUACGGAAGAUGGAGGACAAGGAUAACAUCGAGGAUGUUAAAUCUAUUCUUAGUCAUGGCGCGAAAGCCCUGUUCGACGAAACGAGUAGCACGGAGUUGAAUUAUACCAGCAAAGACAUUGAUGCGCUGAUUGAACGAGCGGAACUGGAGGCUCAUCGGCCUGUGGCCGAAGAAGCCAAAGCAGCAGGAUCCUUUGGAUUCGCCAAAGUUUGGGAGCGGGAUGACGCCAUGCCGUUGGAAAGUGGAGAUGCAGCUGCAUUACGGGAUCAGGCUGGAGACGCAGAUUUUUGGGCAAGCGUUCUCGAGAGGUCCCGACUAGAGGAGGAUGCACGACUAGCUGCUGUGAAAACAGGGCGAGGUGUUCGUCGAAAGGCAACAAAAACCCACUACUUUGGCAAACAAGGCAAAAAAGGCGAUGAAAGCGACGUUUCAGAAUUUGCCGUUUCAGCUAGCGGUUCCAUUCCAGACAGCGAUGACAAUUCCGGAUCGAAAUUGAUGGAUCUUGACGAUAUGCAACUGCUCCUUGGGUCGCAAGAAACCUUAGAACCGCGCCACAGUGUUCAGACUGACCCAUCAUCAACCAUUUUACAUCAGCCUCAAAUGGUCCAGAGACCCGGAGGGGGCGAACCAUGUCGUCUAUGUCGGGGCUCGCACCCAUCUCGUCAGUGUAGCAUAUUAAGAGAUCCUAGAGUUCUUGUGGACCUUCGUGACAUGAUACCCGAUUCAACCGAAUCGGCGGAAGCAAAGGCCGCUGCUGUUAGAGCUUUGGAUGAGCACCUGGCUCUACUGGGUCGCAAAAGAGAGAAAGGUCAACCACCACCGACAGCGGAAGGCCAUUCUUCCAACCCGCACAGCAAUGCUCCAGCGAUGAAAUUCUCGCAAACCGUUGCAGUCCCUAGACAUGCGGUGGCCGCUAGUCGUAGUGCCCCGGUUCGUGUUAGUAAAGUCUCAGUCCCGUCAAUUAUUUGGACGGAUCCAGUUCCAAGCGCGAGCAGCAUCUCGAAGAAACAAACUGCCUCCCGACCAUCUGCCGGGAAUCCCGUGCUCACUAGCACAACGCAGCUGCUUGAGGAAGACCCAAUGGCGAUAUUUCUUGGCAACUCAAAGUCCAGCACUUCAACUCUUCCAAGCUCAAGGAGUGAUUCAGCCUCAAGUUCCAACAUUAAACGUGCGCCGAGCCCCGGGACGCCUCCCAAUCCUAAACGUCAAAAACAACUUGGUGCUCCAUCAUACUUCCAUUCGAACGCCACCUCAGGGACGUCAUCGGCGAAUGGGAGCAGCGACAAGUCCCGUCCAAUCGCUGGAAGUGCAGGGAGCGUUCCUGCUGGCCCCGCCUUAUCGGGAACAUGUCAAAUCUGCCAACGCACGCCCUUCCACGAGUUCAAGCGAUGCCCAGUGCUGAUAGACCCCUUUCAGAUUUGGGAAGCCAUCAUGCGUUUACAGACGACAUCAGGAGGAAGCAUGUUGACCGUGCACAACCUUAAGAACCAUUUGAUUGAGCAUUAUCCUAAUCACGCAAAAACGUUCGGACUCGCAAUUCCUGACCCUGCAACGAGGGCUGCCCAACUGACUUUAGACAUCAGCGAUGAAGAUGAUUGAGGCUCAACCUUGGUCGGCUGGUUCCAUUUCAGGCAGAUAAUGUAGUGAUAGUAUCCCUGGACUUAUUGUCCACACAACGAUCCGCACGACUAACGGAUAACAACGAUGCCAUCAACCCUGCUUAUUUGUGGCCCCGCCCCGGGCUUGUUUGCCAUUUAUAUGCAGUCCCACUCUUGGUAGAUAACUAUCGAUUUACUGCUUAACACUAUCUAUCAAUGACGUAUCACCAUCCUCAACCAACUCGC